UUCUUUUAUCACUUUCUUUUUUCAAGAACAGUUAUUUUGUUUAAAAAGAUUUUGUGAAAGAUGCUUUGAGAGAUUUUCUCCCAAGUGUUCUCUGUUCUACCUCAAAGGCCUCUGUGGAUUCCUAGACUCUGCCUUGGGUACCAGUGGCAUAUAAACACAGAAGGAGAUAAGGAAAGAGCGCAAGGGAGAGGAAACAAACACACACACACACACACACACACACACACAUCUGAGAAAUCACCAGAUAGCUUGAACAUCCUCCGUCCAGAAGUCCUUCAUUUGACUUUUAUUUCUACCGUCAUAUCAACAACUGUGCAAUCAAUCGAUGGUGAUGGAGGUGUCCACAUUAUCUUCUGUCUUAUGUGGGCAGAUUGCACCGUGGGGGUGGGUCUGUGGGUCUGCACUGCUGCAGUGAGCACCCACCUCACCAGCAGGGCUUGGAGCCAGAGACCAUCCCAACGUCAGUCUAAUUUAUUGGGCUAUAUGUUAGCCGAUUUAAUUAAGACCUGCAUAAAUGGCAAGGAGUCGCCCGGCGCCUUACUGUGCCAAGAGGGGCGGAAAUGGUUGAUGGAGGGGCGUUGCUGAUGGUUAGCCAAGGUCACCCGUGGACACAGAGCGUGGGAGCCUGGGGCUUGGGGGUGGUCAGGCCAGCUUGCAGCUGGUAGGGACCCUUUCCAGAGUCAUCAGGGCCGCUAAGCCCUGUCACAAUCAGGUCAGUCCCACGGCUCAGCGGCACCCUCAUCCCAGUACCAUGGCAGUGACCCGGCUCACCUCCAGACUCCUUGCCCAGACUUUCUCGUGACCCACUUAGAGAGAGUGCCGUGUCUUUUUUUGUAUGUAUUGAGGGAAUUUUGUUUGUGAAAACAGUGUUCUAUUUUGGUGUUUUUUUUUUUUUUAUUUGACACUGUGUGUACUCAUUCUAUGCUUCCUCUGUUUCUUACUCUUUUUCUCUCAAUAACCCGAUUUCUCCGGAGCGGGCCCCGCUUUCUGAGAAACUGCUGUCAACAUGUUUAUCCACUUCUGCUGAGUCACGGUUCCUCUCUCCUACCACGUUCUACUUUUCCCUCUCCCACUAGGCGACACACCCAAACAUGCGGACGUACUACUUCAGCACAGACAAUGCCAAAGAUAUGGAGUCCUGGAUGAAGGUGAUGACAGACGCAGCGCUGGUCCACACGGAGCCCAUCACCAGGCUAGAUAAGUCAAAGGGCGAUUACCGGAGCCCUCAGGAGGUGAACAACAUGCUGAACCACCGAGUCCUGACUCGGCCCGAGAUCCAGAACAACGAACGCAACCGGGAGCCGUCCCGCGCCGAGGAGAAGAAACAGAAGGCGGAAAAGUCCGGCAAGCAGGACCACAGCCACCGCUGCACCCUACAGAGAGACGGCGACAGGUACACGCUGCAGAAAGACGGGGAGAGGUACACCCUGCAGAAGGACGGAGAUAAGUACUCCCUCCAGAAGGAUGGAGAACGCUACUGCCUACAGAAAGAUGGAGAGAGGUACACGCUUCAGAAGGACAGUGACAGACAUGCACUGCAGAAAGAGGGAGAGAGGUACGCUCUCCAGAAAGACACUGAGAAAUAUGCACUCCAACAAGAAACAGACAACUAUGCUACACACAAGGAAAUCGAGAAAUACGUUCUCCAGAAAGAUGGAGAGAGACAUACCCUUAAGAAAGACAGUAGAUACACCUCGCAGAAAGACGGACAAGUGUAUGCUUUGCAGAAGGACGGACAGUUGUAUGCCUUGCAGAAAGACGGGGAGAGACUCACCCUGCAGAAGGACAGCGAGAGGUACACUCUUCACGAAGACGCAGAGAGACACACUCUCCACCACAACACAGAGAGGUACGCUUUGCAUGACACAGAGACAUAUGUCUCGCAGAAGGACAUUGAGAGGUACCCCCUCCAAAUGGAUGCUGAGCAACUGGUCCCCCAGCUGGACGGCGACCACCCCGGCACCCGGCGUGACGCCGACCGCUACGCCUACCAGCGCGAAGCGUCCGUGGAGGCCGGUCGGCCGGUCACCAAGAUCAACAGCAUCAAGCUGCAGCCGGAGCAGGCGGCCGCCAUCGCCGCUGCAGUAUCCUCCUCGCGGCAGCUCCAGCUCCAGCAGCAGGCGGCCCACCAGGCGGUCCAGCAGCAACAGCAACAGCAGCACAAGCCCAACCAGCACAACGGCCCUGGGGAGCGCAGCCCGCUGGGGGAUGUAGCGCUGGUGCAGCCCCCGAGAGUUCCACCCCACGGCCAGGGCCAAACUCAACAGCAGCAGCAGCAGCAGCUACAGCAGCUACAGCAGCAACAGCAGCAGCAGCAGCAGCAACAGCAGCAGCAGCAACAGCAACAGCAGCAGCAACAGCAGCAGCCGCUGGGCCACGAGCCCGAGAGGACCACGAGCCUGCACAGGACCAACUCCAUGCAGCAGCUGGAGCAGUGGGUGAGGGCCCACCCGAAGGUGCGCCCCACUGAGGAUGACCCCAGGAGCAUAACCUCCUACCAGACGCUGCCAAGGAACAUGCCAAGCCAUCGGGCACAGGUGGUGCCGCGCUACCCGGAGGGCUACCGGACGAUGCCGCGCAACAGCGGGGCUCGGCCCGGCAGCGUGUGCGGCUACCCCACCUCAACCUACAAGCGCGGGGCUGGCAACAGCGUUGGUGUUGGUGGCGGUGGCGGCUCCAACUACCACACCCUCACCACGGCGACAGCGCAAGAGAAGCGCCGCUCCAUGCGGGACGACACCAUGUGGCAGCUAUACGAGUGGCAGCAGCGGCAGGUGAUGAGCCAGCGGCAGACGUACGCCACGCUGCCGAGCCCGCGCACCAUGGCCGACAUAGCUGAGCACGCGGCAGCCCCUGGCGCCCGCGCCAGCAUCGCCCAGUCCAUCCCACCCUCGCCCUCGCACGGCUCGCUGGGGGGAGGCAUCUACCACACCUACUCGCCGCGCCGCUCCUCGCACAACCACGCCACGUGCUCUGAGAUGUCCUCGCCCAUCUACCGCGGGGACCUGUCCAUCGACCGCCGGCACAGGGUCCACCCCACCAAGUAUGCCUACCCACCUGACCGGAGGUCCAUGCCCAUGGCGAUGCCAGUCCAGAGCAUCACCCCACAGUCCCUCCAGGGCAAGACGCCAGAGGAGCUGACUCUGCUGCUGAUCAAACUGCGGCGGCAGCAGGCCGAGCUCACCAGCCUCCGGGAGCACGCGCUAGCGCAGCUUAUGCAACUAAACCUCGACACCAACAACCCAAAGAGUGAUAUCCUCUCCCAUCACCUACAGAGGAAUCUCAUGUAUUUCGACGGCCAGAUGAAGGAGAACGAGCCUUUAAUCUUCAUGAUACACACUAUGAUUGAGAACUCUGCGCCAAGGCCUCAACUGUACCAGCAAUUGAGUCCAGACGACUACAGAGACGGCUCCUACACAUACCGAUCAGAAGAGCUGGAUGUGGACGCAAAGCUUAGCAGGUUGUGUGAACAAGACAAGGUGGUGCGAACCCAAGAAGAGAAGCUGCAGCAGCUCCACAGAGAAAAGCACACGCUGGAGACGGCGCUGCUGUCGGCGAGCCAGGAGAUCGAGAUGAGCGCCGACAACCCGGCGGCCGUGCAGAGCGUCAUCCAGCAGAGGGACGUCCUGCAGAGCGGCCUGCUCAGCACCUGCCGCGAGCUGACCCGCAUUACCACUGAGCUGGAGCGGGCCUGGAGAGACUAUGACAGGAUGGAUGCCGACGUCACCAUGGCCAAGACCAACCUGCUGGAGAGGCUGGAGGCGCUGGGCAGCCCACAGACUGAGCCCCCGAGCCAGCAGCAUGUGCAGAUCCAGAAGGAGCUGUGGAGGAUCCAGGAUGUGAUGGAGGCUUUGAGCAAAAAUAAGCCACAAAGAAGCGUCGACACCAGCUUCCCUGGCACAAAACCCGUAACAAACGUACACAAGAAUGAGGAGGUAGACCCUGUACCCCCUCGACCCCCUCUCCCACACUCCUACGAGAGCGGCGACUGCCCGGCCAUCGUGCCGCCCGUGGUACCCGCCGGCACCGGCCAAGGGCACGUGCCCCGUCCACUCCAGCACCAGAGGAACGGCGGUCAGAGUGGCCCAGACUACCGCCUGUAUAAGAGUGAGCCGGAGCUCACCACCGUGGCCGAGGUAGACGAGUCCAACGGGGAGGACAAGACAGCCGAGCAGGUCGUGGAGAAAGAGCCCACCAUCGCCAAAGGAAUGCCCUACCCUGUAGGCAUCGUGUCUCCCAGAGCAAAGUCGCCCAUAACAGAGUCCUCCAGCAUCGCGUCCUAUGUCACUUUAAGGAAGAGCAAAAAGCCUGACCCCAGAACAGAGCGUCCCCGGAGCGCCGUGGAGCAGAGCCUCUCGGCGGAGGGCUUGCGGCCCCGCAUGAGCGUGGAGGAGCAGAUGGAGCGCAUCAGGAGGCACCAGCAGGCCUCGCUGCGCCGCAGAGACUCCAGCUCCGGAGGCCAGGAGAGCUCCCUCUCCCGCAGCUCCUCCUUCACCAGGGACCAGAUCCCCACCAACCCCUACUACACCCUCCAGACCUCCAAGCGGAGCGAUGCAGUGUCCCCAGACAGGCAGAGAUUGGAGGCUUCGCUACAGGCUCUGGAGCAGGAGAUGCUGGAGAGAGCGUCAGCCAUGCUGAUCACCCCACCCAGCCGAGACCCCCAGCCCAAACCCCCCACACAGGAGGAGGAGCUGGCUGCAGAGGAGAGUAUGAAUUCCCCUCCUGAGGAGCAGAGCAGCCCCAAAGUUGACGAGGAGGUGAGGAAGGAGGAGGAGGAGGAGGAGGAAGACAAGGAGGAGGGGAAGCAGGAUGAUGUGGAGGUGGAGGGGAAAGAGGAGGAGCAGGAAGAGGAGAGGCGGAGGAGAGAGGAGCAGAUCUUAAUGCUGGCUUCUCAGAACAGCCUGCAGACUGCUGUGUUGGUCAGGGUAGGCACUGAGGAAGAUGAGGAGGAGGAGGAAGAAGAGCAGGAGGAGGUGAAAGAGGAAGAGACAAAGAACGAUGAAAAACCAGAGCAAACUUCUGAGAAGCCGCGCCAGGAGAUGGAGGUGGAAGCAGAGCAAAGCCCGAUAAUCAACCUCUCCUUCGAGCUGCCAGACGAAACGAGCAAACACGGCCAGGUGGUGUCAGUGAACAACCUUUCCACUCCACCGCAGUCCCCAGCUUCUACUCCAACACCAUCGUCUCUGUCGCCCCAGUCACCCCCGUCACCCACGUCACCCCCGCAGGUCGCCGAUGGCUCCCACUUCAUGUGUGUGUAGUGCCAACACAGCUGAGACCCGGGCACCUGUGAACAGCCACGCGUGAGAGAGGGGCGGCUUGGCUCAAGACGGCAGCAGCUCCAGAUGCCACGUGCUCAGCUCCGGCUGCUGCACAGUCCCAGCCAAGUCCAGUCCAGACCAGACCAGACCAGACCAGACCAGACCAGACCAGACCAGAACAGACCAGACCAGAACAGAACAGACCAGACCAGACCAGACCUGACCAGACAGAUCAACAUAUCAACAUGCAGGACCCUCACACCCCCUGUCCUACCAUAUAAACAGUGUUGCCAAUAUUAUCAUCCUCAUCACAGUUUAUUAUCAUUAUUAUUAUUAUUGCUAUUAUUAUUAUUAUUAUUAUUACUAUUAUUAUUAUUAGGGCAGAGUUUAUUGUGUGUUUGGGGCGGGAAGAUAUGUGUGUGCAAAGCAUGAGGUGCCUGUGGACUGAUGAGGAUGUGAGAACUGAGCCGCUGUGUACAGGAGCACCUGUGGUACUUUUCUAUGCUAGGUGAAGUCUUCAGGCACGGGAUGGGGAAGGUAUUCACAAAUGGUCAUGUAUACAAACACGCAAACGCACAAGUUCUAGUGCACGUUUAUGUGCUUGCUGUGCACACAGACACAGGUGCACACACUUAAUGUACACUUAAACACUGUACACGUACAAAAUCAACAACACGUAAACUCAAAACGUCUGCGCAUUAAAGAAACACACACUUUAUCUGUCCACUUAUCUCGCUCUUCCUCUUCAUUCCUAUCUCUCUUUCUGUCUUUCUCCUUCUCUUCCAUGCACACACACACACACACACACACACACACACACACACACACACGCACGCACGCACAUACCACAUACACUUUUAACUCAUGCUGUACCGAAGCCAUGCAAGUGUUACUCAUUCAAUUCAGGGUUACUCACAGUCUGUGUGUUUAAAAAAAGAUAUUAAUAAAACUGUUGUAUGUCUCAUUUUGCUUUUUUACCAGUGUUGACAUUGAACAUCAUGGAUGCAUUUUCAGUUCUCAUAUCUUUUGCACUGUGUAACACCUUGUUUUGUAGUAAAAAUCUGUGUUCAAUCUGUUUAUAUAUAGUUAUAUAAAACGAACAUGUAUUAACAAUACAUCCAAUAAGGUGCCACUUUGUUGCUGCAGAUGGACAUUUGAAUAUUUUAUUGGGUUUGUAAUUAUUUAUAAAGUCGGAUAGUCCACAGCCCCUGCCGCACCGUUGCCGACACACACGUGAAUGUUAUGGCUUCUGUAUUUUAUUUUUAAUAAGGCUGAGAUAUAUUUAAAACAGAGAGAAGAUUAAAAGAGUAUUAAAAGAUUUUUAAAUGGAUUAGUCUUGCACCCUUUGGGCUUGUAGGGCAUGUGGAGGACGAAUAGCACAUGUAGAGAAAAAAAGCAAUAAGCAGGAUUCUGACGUUGACAUUUCUGUAAAAUAAAUGUAUAGACCAUUGUGUAUAUAGUGUACACCAUACUAUGAGCAGCGCAGAGGGGGAAAAAACUAUUAAGAAAUUAUACUUAUUAGAGUCUAUAUGCAAAUAUUCAUAUCUCAUCUGUUUUAUAUCAUGUGAAAUAAAUGUUGAUGUUCUUA